AUGCAUCAGCCUCAGGGUGUAGAGAGCAAAAGAGCACAACUCUGGUAUCUGCAGCCUCCAGGAACCUGGAUCCAGUGCUCCUUGGAAUCAAGAGAGCUUCUUGCUUUGUGCCUGAAAAAAAUCAAAGCUUCCCUGAGCAAGGUCCGGCUGAUUGAUGCAGGUUUCAUUUGGACAGAACCACAUUCCAAGAGGCUGAAGCUGAAGCUGACUGUGCAGAAGGAGGUGAUAAAUGGAGCAGUUCUGCAGCAGGUGUUUGUGGUGGAAUACGUUGUCCAGUCUCAGAUGUGUGAAGACUGUCACAGGAUUGAGGCCAAGGAUUUCUGGAAAGCUGUAGUGCAAGUCAGACAAAAGACUCUGCACAAGAAGACCUUCUACUAUUUGGAGCAGCUGAUUUUAAAGCACAAGCUCCAUCAAAAUACGCUUCGCAUCAAGGAAAUCCACGAUGGCCUGGAUUUUUAUUACUCUUCAAAGCAACAGGCCCAGAAGAUGGUGGACUUUCUUCAGUGUACAGUUCCAUCUAGAUCAAAAUCAUCCCAACGUUUGAUCUCACAUGACAUUCACAGUAAUGUCUACAACUACAAAAGCACUUUCUCUGUGGAAAUCGUUCCAAUAUGCAAGGACAAUGUUGUGUGUCUGUCACCAAAACUGGCACAGAGCCUGGGGAACAUGAGCCAGAUCUGUGUGUGCAUUCGAGUGACAAGUGCCAUCCACCUCAUCGACCCCAGAACUCUGCAGAUUGCUGAAGUCGAUGGCAAUACCUACUGGCGCCACCCUUUCAACAGCUUGUUCCACCCCAAGCAGCUGGAGGAGUUCAUCAUCAUGGACAUCAACAGGGUCCACGAGAAGAAAAAAGGUGCUGGGGCAGGUGCAAGGUCGAACAAGCACACUCUGGCCGAGGCCUGGGUCCGGAAAACCUCGGAGCUGGACACGGAUCAUCAGUACUUCUGCUGCACACACCUGGGGCACAUCCUGAACCCUGGGGACCUUGUCUUGGGGUUCGACUUGGCCAACUGCAACUUAAAUGACGAGUUUGCCAACAAGAUGAACCCACACAAUAUUCCUGAUGUGGUGCUGAUCAAGAAGAGCUACGACCGCAGCAAACGGCAGCGCCGCAGGAACUGGAAGCUGAAGGAGCUGGAGAGGGACAGGGAAGCCCCAGAUACAGAUGAUGAAAGGCAAUACCAGGACUUCCUGGAGGAUCUGGAAGAGGAUGAAGCCAUAAGGAAGAAUGUCAACAUUUACAGAAAUGCAGAUAUUCCAGUGGAGAGUGACACAGAUGAGGAUGGGCCCCCCAGGAUCAGCCUGGCUGAAAUGCUGGAGGAUCUCCAUAUUUCUCAGGAUGCCACUGGUGGGGAGGGAGCAGAAAUGCUGACAGAGUAACAGGAAACCAUCACCAAACAUUUCAAACUGAUCUCAAGAUCGUGAAAAGGAGCAGAAUUCCUGCUGUACCCUGAAAUAAUGAUCCUGAAUUAACUUUUUAUAGAUAAUAUUCCAGAGAAUCAGCAAUCAGAGUUCAAUUUCUGCUGCAAGCAUUGAAGUGUAAUUCCAGAAGUUCCUCCCAUCCCUGAGAGCUCUUUCCUUGCAACUUCUGCAGUGUAAAGGGCAGCUGACUGACUUGGGGAUUAUCCAUUGGAAUUCUGGAGACAACUGAGAAGGAAGGAUGUCCAGAGGGAGAGAUUUUAUUCCAAUUUGGUGGAUUUUUAGGUAGAGUGCCUACCUAUUCUUACUGCUUGAAUUUCUUACAUGGGGAGAAUUCUCCCUGUCUCCUUGGCACAGUGGUUUGAAGCCUUUUAUGAUAUUGGUAGAUUAUUCCAUGUAUUAAUAUUUUGGGGAAGCUCAGGCCUGUAGUUCCUGUUCCCUUGGGAAGGGAACUCCAAAUAUCCACAUUAUAUCCACAAAAAACUCCCCUGCAAAGCCCUUGAUGAGAAAAUUCUGUGGAGUGUUAUGAAUAUUGUACUUUACCCAUGCCUGUAUCAGUGGAUUAAAAGCAAUAUGCACAGUGUAUAAUUAAUAAAUAAAUCAGCUAUGAACUCUUAAAAACCUC